AUGGAAGUCAAUGGUGAACGAGAUAUAGCUGGUAUUUUAAGCGCGGCUUUAAUGCCAUUGAAAGAUAUGAAACAUGCAGAUAUUUUGGACCAGUAUGAAAUGAACAUGGCUGAUGGAAAUAUAACACCUGACGUUCUAGAACAUUUAUCUCAAAGAACUACACAGAACCAUAGAGAUGGUAUAUUUGGUGAAGAGUUUAGAAAGAAAGUUAGGGAGAGAGAAGGAAGAGAACCUAUUGUACAUGACCUUGCAAAUGAAAGUUUACAAAAUGUCAUAAAAACUUACUUUGCAGACAAUGAACUGAGAAGGGAUGAAUAUUUAAGAAAACUCAAAUGGACAGUACCAAAUGAAAUGUUAGUAUUGAAAAACAUGUUCCUUGACAAAAUAAAACCAACUACAGAAAUAAACGACGCAAGACUGAAAGAUUGGGUAAAAGCUUUCCCAUUCACAAAAGAUAUAGUUGGUAACAUGGAAAGAAAACCAGAAUGGCUACAAAAACAUAUAUUUGGAAACGAGCUUAUUCCAUAUGGACAGGCACUGUUUGAAGAGCUUGAACCAGAAACUCAGGAAAGAGUCAUGCAAACAAUACGCGACGACUCAAAUACAGACUAUGACAAACUCUUUCUAGGAUAUAGGUUACCUGAGAUGGGCGACCAGAGCCAAAAGGCAAAAAGGACAUGGGAAAUUUGCAACAUACUAGAUGAACAUAAUGCAAAGAUGCAACAACUUCAAGCAGAGGGCAAUGAAGGAAAAAGAAGAGUUAAAAACUCAGUCAGGAAGAAAGUAAAGCUUGGUCCACGUGGGUUCUAUUAUGACAUAUAA